AUGGCCUCAAGCAACCCCUCAUACCUUAUUAUCGGCGCUGGUGUCUUUGGUGUAUCAACUGCCUAUCAUCUCAUCCAGAAGUAUCCCAAUGCGUCGGUGACUCUGGUUGACCGAGAUGCAUACGACGCCGAGUCUCGUGUGGCUGCAUCGUGGGAUUGGAACAAGGUUGUUCGCGCCGACUACGACGACAAGGUCUACUGCAGACUCGCUCUUGAGGCUCAAGAAAUCUUCAAGUCGGAUCCUCUCUGGCAGCCUUAUUUCCACCAGACUGGCGUCUACUGGACGUGCCGCAGCGACUACGCGCAGAACGUCAUUACGAACCAUAAGGAGCUCGGCCGCAAUAACGAUAUCAUUGCCCUCCCUGUCGCCGAGGCCCGAAAGCUUUACGGUGGGGUUUUUGAUAACGCUGACUAUACCGGCGUCAAGGAGGUGCUCGUGAACAGGGCCAGUGGUUGGGCCGCCGCUGGAGAUGCUCUUCGAGCAGUCACGAAAAAGUGCCUGGAAUUAGGCGUCAAGUACGUGACGGCCGACGUCGCCACUCUGGAAUUCAAUGGCCGCGGGUCUUGUACCGGUAUCAAGACGAAAUCUGGAAAGAUCUUGUCGGCGACUCAUGUUGUCGUCGCUGCUGGCGCUUUCACACCCACGUUACUGGAGUGGAGCGCUGCGAAGAGCGGCAACGCCGGCCUUCGAGCUGGAGAGCGAAUUGUGGCCGCUGGGAUUACGACGGGAAUGGCACAGCUCAACGAGGAGCAGUAUAAGAAGUUCAAGGACAUGCCUGUUGGCUUCCAGGGUUACACACCCGAGGAGGGCAAGCCCUUCAUCGGUAGCAUUCCCCCUACCAAGGACGGAGAGCUCAAGUGGUGGGGAUCCAAGAUUUUCACAAAUACUCGAGAGGUGUUGCCUGGCCGUCAUAUCUCUUCUCCUCCGCCUACACACGACUACAACCAGUGGAAGGUUCCUGGACCUCUCAAACAGGAUAUUGUCGAGUCUAGGAAUCUGUGGUACGGGCCCGAGAGUGCGGAUUGGGAGAUGACGAAACACCGAAUUUGUUGGGACGCUUUCACCACCACCUCUGACUUUAUCAUUUCUCCUCACUCUGCUUCUAAGGGACUCUACGUCGCAACUUGCGGUUCAUUCCACGGUUACAAGUUCUUCCCCGUGCUUGGCAAAUACAUCACACAAAUGAUUGAGGGCGAGUUGGCGCCCGAAUUGGUGGAGAAGUGGGCUUGGGAUCGACAGCGACCGGAUUCAUCGCAGAAUGUGGAGUACCCGAACUCUGAGAUGAAGCAUCUCUUGCAGCCUGCAGCCAAGCUGUAG